AUGUCGUCUCCUCAGAUCCCCGAGAAGCAAUGGGCUCAGGUCAUCGAGAAGACUGGUGGCCCCCUCGAGUACAAGCAAAUUCCCGUUCAGAAGCCUGGUCCUGAUGAGGUCCUCGUCAAUGUCAAGUACACCGGUGUCUGUCACACUGAUCUUCACGCCUUGAACGGCGACUGGCCCCUCCCAACCAAGCUUCCCCUUGUUGGCGGCCACGAAGGUGCUGGUGUCGUUGUUGCACGCGGUCAACUCGUCGAGGAGGUCAAUGUUGGUGACCACGUUGNNUGGAUCAACGGUACUUGCCUUUCUUGCGACUUCUGCAUGCAGUCAGACGAGCCCCUAUGCGCCAAGGCUCAAUUGUCCGGAUACACUGUCGAUGGCUCCUUCCAACAGUACGCCAUUGCAAAGGCCGCACACGUUGCCAGACUUGCCAAGGACGUUCCUCUCGAUGGUGUUUCACCCGUGUUGUGUGCCGGUAUCACCGUCUACAAGGGUAUCAAGGAAUCUGGUGCUCGCCCUGGCCAGACAGUAGCCAUUGUUGGUGCUGGUGGUGGUCUCGGUUCCCUUGCUCAACAGUACUGCAAGGCCAUGGGUAUCCGCACCAUCGCCAUUGAUGCUGGUGACGACAAGGAGAAGAUGUGCAAGGAGCUCGGCUCUUACGCAUUCGUCGACUUCAGCAAGAGCCAGAACGUUGUCAAGGAUGUCCAGGCUGCCACCGAAGAUGGUCUUGGUCCCCACGCUGUCAUCCNNCUCCUCGCCGUCUCCGAGAAGCCCUUCCAACAAGCUGCUGAGGCCCCUGUCUUCGAGUCAGUCAUCAGAAUGAUCACCAUCAAGGGUUCAUACGUCGGUAACCGCAGAGACACCGCCGAGGCCCUCGACUUCUACGCCAAGGGUCUGAUCAAGGCACCAUUCAAGGUCGUCGGUCUCUCGGAACUCCCCAAGGUCUUUGAGAUGAUGGAGAAGGGACAGAUCGCUGGUCGCUACGUCCUCGACACCUCC